AUGGAAAGCUCCUCUAGUUUUGUUAACCUGUUAACGAGUCAAGGGUCAGUUGACCUUGACUCAUUAGAAACUCCUUUUGUUAGUACCCAACCUCCGCAAGAGCCAAGUGUGAAAGAGAGGAGGAAGUGGACUGUCAAGGACGAUUUAGUCCUCAUUGGGGCUUGGCUCAACACCAGCAAAGAUUCAAUAGUCAGUAACGAACAGAAAGGCGCUGCCUUCUGGAAGAGGAUUGUAGAGUAUUACAACUCCAGUCCUCUACUCGUUGGGCUGGUGCCUAGAGAACUAGGGCAAUGCAAGCAAAGAUGGGCCAGGAUCAAUGAUCUGGUCUGUAAGUUUGCUGGCUGCUACGACACGGCCUUGAGGGAACAGAGAAGCGGGCAAAACGACAAUGACGUGAUGAAGGCUGCGUUGGAUAUCUUCAACAGUGACCACAACAUGAAGUUCAACUUAGAACAUGCGUGGAGGGAGCUUAGGCACGAUGUGAAAUGGUGUUCUACGUAUAUGGAGAAGGACAAGGAUAAGCGCAAGGCAACUCCAGUGCCAGAGCCAGAAGAAAGACCGGUGGGGGUUAAGGCUGCUAAGGCUGCGGGUAAGAGGCACAGAACUGGAAAAGAUGAAGAGUUAAGCAAGCUAGAAGGACUUAUGGAGCUGAAAAAGCAAAUCUCUAAGCAAAGUUUGCUAGAGAGUUUGCUAACCAAACCAGAGCCACUCAAUGAGAUGGAAUUGGCCCUGAAAACGAAACUGUUGUCUGAAUUAUUGUCAUGA